AUGCACAUUGUCAAGCCCGUCUGGUUGACGCAUCCCGGUGAGCUGAAGGAUUUUGAGGUCUACAGCUGCCAUGUCUCGCCCGAUGGCAGCAGACUCGCUACCGCUGCCGGAGACGGUCACGUCCGGAUUUGGUCAACGGAGGCUAUUAUGAAUUCUGCGAACCCAGACUUCAAGAAGCCCAGGCAGCUCGCUGCCGUCAGCAACCACUCAGGCACCAUCCACACCGUGCGCUUCUCCAGCAACGGCAAAUACCUUGCCUCGGGCGCAGACGACAGGGUGGUAUGCGUCUAUAUUCUGGACCCAAAUCCGGUUUCGCAUUCCACUUUCGGAAGCAACGAGGAGCCGCCUGUUGAGAACUGGCGCGUCCUGCGGCGUCUGAUAGGCCACGACAACGACGUCCAAGAUCUAGGGUGGUCGUACGACUCGUCGAUAUUGGUUUCAGUGGGCUUGGACUCGAAGGUUGUGGUCUGGUCAGGGCACACGUUCGAGAAGCUCAAGACAAUCAACAGCCACCAGAGUCACAUUAAAGGCAUCACAUUCGACCCAGCGAACAAGUAUUUCGCAACCGCCAGUGAUGACCGUACCAUCAAGCUCUUUCGUUUCACGCCGCCCGCCCCGAACGCGACUUCUCAGGACUCCGUGGGUAACUUUGUGCUCGAGACCACCAUUGUCGCUCCGUUUGUCACUUCUCCGCUUACAACAUACUUCCGGCGGUGCUCAUGGUCUCCGGAUGGAAACCAUAUAGCUGCGGCGAACGCCACCAAUGGACCGGUGAGCUCUGUGGCUAUCAUCAACAGAGGAUCUUGGGAGAGCGACAUCAACCUGAUCGGUCACGAAGGUCCUGUUGAAGUUUGCGCGUUCUCGCCAAGAAUGUUCUACAGGGAGCCUCUUACCGACGCCCAUAAAGACGCCAAUGGGAAUACUAACCUCCCUUCAGUCACUGUCAUCGCUUGCGCUGGACAGGACAAGACGCUGAGUAUAUGGAACACUAGCUUCGCGCGACCCUUUGUCAUCACUCAGGAGCUCUCAAGCAAAUCUAUCUCUGACCUUGCGUGGUCGCCGGACGGAGAGAAGCUAUUCCUUACCAGCCUUGAUGGGAGCAUCAUGGGUGCUGUCUUCGAGCCAGGAGAAUUGGGUUAUGUUGCGCCCCUUUCCGAGAGUGAUAAAGCUUUGCAGAAAUUUGGUGCUGGUCGAAGACUCGGCAUGGUCGAAGGCACAGAUGCGCUUCUCCUGGAGGAAGGAAGCAAAGCAGGAGAAUUGAAGGGCGUACAAGGCCGUAUGGGUGAAUUGAUGGGCGAUGGAGCUCCGGCGACCGCAACUACUAACGGUGUCACGACUCCGGCUCAAACGAAUGGUUCUGCUGCCUCUCAGCCAAACGCUCAGUCUACACCCACAAACGGACAGAGCUCCGCUGCUCCGGCACCGGCAGCUCCCGCGUCAUCUGGAGAUCCUAGAGUCGACAAACUCAAACAGCGUGUAACCGUUACCAAAGACGGCAAGAAGAGAAUCGCUCCUCUUCUCGUAUCUGCAUCUUCUGGUUUGGCGGAAUCUUCCUUGCCACAGACACAACUCGUUUCCGCACAACAGACCAGAAGUGGCCCAGGCGCUCGAAACGACAGCCCUCACAAUAUUCUAGAUCUAUCAAAGCCCUAUGAUGGAUUCCCGAGGGGAGGAUUGGCUGGUCUUCUGCUUGGAAACAAGCGGAAAUUUGCCGAAAUCGAGGGAGAUUCGGAGCAUAAGACCGAGAAGAGAUUUGCGAAAGCCACCGCAAACGGCGCUGCUCCCAUACUGGUCAACACUGCAGAUGGAUUGAUGCCGCCAAAAACCUCCGAAAGACCAUCCGAAAUAGAGGUCCCUGAGCCUCUACGACCAGCAAUUGUGAACCCCAGCCUAUCUGUGAGUCAGUUGAGGCUCGCGGUGCCAAUGAUCCGCACUGUCAUUGUUCGGACAGUGGAUGGCAGUGAACCGCCGCAGGCUGGCGAUGUCUCUAAGGAGGACCUCCUAAUCCUAGAAGCGAAAAACGCAACGACACCAUCAAGAACAGGAAGACCACAAGAUCGAGAUCCUACGCGUAUCACAUGCACGAAAAAGGGACAGACCCUGUGGCAAGACUUCCUCCCAAAGCCGGUCAUGCUUGUGACUGGAAACCCGAACUUCUGGGCUGCAGCAUCCGAGGAUGGAACGGUACAUGUCUGGACACCUGCCGGGCGUCGGUUGCUCAAUCCGUUGACGCUCGAAGCUCAGCCGGUCAUCAUGGACUGCAGAGGAUGGUGGCUACUCUGUAUCACUGCUGUAGGCACUUGCUACGUCUGGAACAUCCAGACUCUCUCUGCUCCUCAUCCUCCGAUCUCAGUCGCCCCUAUACUCGAUGUGGCGAUACAUUCACAAGGCCCCCACCUCGGCAACACUCCCGGAAUCGUGUUUGCGCGCCUGAACUCCCAGGGUCGUGUCAUCGUGGCUCUCUCCAACGGUGACGGAUACACAUACUCCCCAAUGCUCUACGUCUGGCAGCGGCUCACGGAACCUUGGUGGGCCGUGGGUUCGCAGUACUGGAACACGACGGACUCUUCCGUCAGCAAUCUCACCUCUACCAUAUCAUCGACCAAGAGCGAGAAGGCCAAGGAGAAAGAUGUCGACGAGGUUGCACCCGAGAACAUAUCGGCGGGCAUCAUUCCACAGCUCGAGCGCAACACGUCGAACAACGUGCUCAUUCGCGGCCGUGCUUUCUACCUGCAACGCCUCAUCAAGGCGUUGCUAUCCGCAGAAGGCUUCGAAAACUUGGAGUCGAGUAUCAGCGUUGCACAUCUGGAGAACAGAGUGGCGGCGGCGAUGACACUAGGCGCUCGGGAAGAGUACAAGAUCUAUCUGCUCAUGUACGCAAAGCGACUGGGUGCAGAGGGAUUGAAGGGCAAGAUCGAGGAGUUGCUGCGGAGUCUCAUGGGCAACAUCUUCGAGGACGAGGACGAGAAGAACGGCGAAAGCGGUGGCGCCGAAGCGAACAGGUCGUCGUCACAAGCUCCGAAGGACGAGCUCGUAGGCUGGAAGCGGGAAGAUCUGCUGAAAGAGGUCGUGGUGGUUCUCGGCAAACACCGUGACCUUCAGCGUAUCACAGUCCCUUACGCCCGUAUCCUGGGUGUUGUCGAUCAGCAACGCCCUGGGAACAAUGAGGAUGGCGAUAUGGACACGGAGCUGUGA